AUGGGGACAGGGAAUACGUCGGAACCCACCGACUUCACGCGGCUGCCCAGCCCCAUGUACCUGCUGCUCAGCCAGCUGUCCCUGAUGGACUUGACCUUGACCUCCAGCGUCGUCCCCAAGAUGGCAGCCAACUUCUUCUCCGGGCGCCGAGGCAUCUCACUCCUGGCUUGCGGGACCCAGAUUUUCGUGUCCCUGACGGUGGCCAUCUCGGAGUGCAUCCUCAUCACGCUCAUGUGCUUUGACCGCUACGUGGCCAUCUGCCACCCGCUGCGCUACCCGGUGCUGGUCAGUCCCCGGGAGUGCUCGCGCAUGGCCGCCGCGUCCUGGGCCGCAGGGGCGCUCACGUCCCUGGGCCACACUGCCUUCACCCUGCAUUUUCGCAUCUGCAGCCCCAGGGAGAUCCCUCACUUCUUCUGCGAGGUCAUGGCUGUCCUUCGGAUCGUCUGUGAGGACACCUCGUCCUACGAGAAGGCGGUGGUGGUGACCAGCAUUUUUGUCCUGCUGCUGCCCCUGUCCUUCAUCCUGUCGUCCUAUCUUCUCAUCCUCCUGGCCAUCCUGCGCAUGAACUCCCCCGAGGGCAGGAGCAAGGCCCUGGCCACCUGCUCCUCUCACCUCUGCGUGGUGGGCCUCUAUUUUGGUCCAGGGAUGUUUAUCUACAUGAGGCCUGGCUCUGUCAAGACGCCAAGGCUCAAUCAGGGGCUCUUUCUGUUUGAAACUGUCCUCACUCCUCUCCUGAACCCUCUGGCCUACAGUCUCAGGAACAAAGAGGUUCUCAGUGCACUGAAAAAAUUGAUGAAGAAGACAUCGGUACUCCAGUUAAGGGGCAGAAAUUUCAUGAUCAGUUAA